UAAAAAGAUGGGAAUUGCAGAUUCCCUAUUUCCAGAGGUGAACCUCACAACAGCCCAAAUGCAGGCUAUUCAAGAGGUCAUCAUCUCAAGAAUUGUGGACCUUAGCGAGGGACAUGAAGGCGACAUCAAGCCUAAGUUCCUCGGCACCACAUUUAAGGCAGGAUGGCUGGUAGUCAACUGCGAAAACCAGGAAACAGCGGACUGGAUAAAGUCCGUAACUCCAACCCUACAACCAUGGGAGGGCGCAUCCCUAAUGGCUAUCGAUGAAAAGGAGCUACCUAGAGCGACUAUCAUGAACGCCUAUUUCCCCAACAGUGCGGAUGAAAAAUCAGACCGCAUUCUAAAAAUUGUUAAAGGCCAAAACGAAGGCCUGAACACCAACGAAUGGAGGGUGCUCAAAAGGACGACCGAAGGCAGCAGUGCCUUUCUUACGUUGUCCGUUGACCAUCCCUCCGUAGAGAACCUUAAAAGAACAAACUAUAAGGUUAGCUACAAGUUCGGGCAAAUCACCCUGAGGCAAAAGAGCGGCAAGCCUACGCCACAGAAAGAAGAACCCGAACCAACACCUGGAACUUCCGGAACCGCCAAGGACCCCAAGAAGGGUAAAGGUAAGGUUAGUUCCGAAAAAAAGGGUAAGGGCAAAACUGCCGCUCCCAAAAUUGCACCCGCCAAACAAUAAUGGCGGGUGUAGGCUUCAUCCAGGCCAACAUCCAGCACUGUAAAAGCGCCUCCGACGUGCUGGUCAAGGGCUUCCACAGCCCCAACAUACAUGUUGCGUUGAUUCAGGAACCAUAUGUAUAUGGAGGAAUAGUCAGAAGACUAUCAACAAAAGCAGGGACUUGGUUGCAAUGUCAGCGGUAUUGCCGACGCCGGGAGGCAAGCAAGAGGCGAUUAUAGCCUCGGCAUACUUCCCCGGUGAUUCGGACGAUCCACCGCCACAAGAGGUAAAAGACCUCAUCGAAUAUUGCAAUAAGAGGGGAAAACAACUCCUCCUGGGCUGCGAUGCGAAUGCACAUCAUCUCGCAUGGAACAGCUCAGACACAAACAAAAGGGGUGAGUAUCUUUACCAAUACCUUCAAACUACAAAUUUAGAUAUCCUCAACAGAGGUAACGUACCGACUUUUGUUACCAAGAGUCGACAAGAGGUGCUAGACAUAAGCCUAGCCACGCCUCGCCUUAGUUCGCAAAUCGCAAACUGGCAUGUUUCGCGUGAAAUCACUUUAGCGGAUCACAAGCAUAUUCGCUUUGUCAUUGUAGCAGACAUGACAAAACAAACAGAAUUCAGAAUCCCCUCACUCACUGAUUGGUGCUCUUUUUGUAGACACAUCAGCGAAGAGGCCGACGAAAU